UCUCGUAAAUUUAUUCCGGUAUCCAUUGCCGUAUUGACAAUCUCAGAUUCCCGUACCGAAGAAAACGACAAAUCCGGGGCACUGCUGAUUAAGCGAGUUCGGAACGCGGGGCACCAAUGUGUGGAUAAGCAGAUUGUUGUCGAUGAUAUUCAUCAGGUCAGGGCUCAGGUUUGCCAGUGGAUCGUUACCCCAAAGAUUCAGGUGAUUCUGACAACCGGAGGUACCGGUGUAACAGGGCGAGACGGAACGCCGGAGGCGAUUCGUCCUUUGCUGGACAAAGAAAUCAGCGGAUUUGGCGAGAUGUUUCGGGUGUUAUCCUAUGAAAAGAUUGCGACGUCGACAUUGCAGUCAAGAGCAUUUGCAGGAGUGGCGAACGCCACCUAUAUAUUCUGUCUGCCGGGGUCGGCAGGCGCAUGUGCAGAUGCAUGGGAUAUGUUGAUCGAACACCAGUUGGAUUAUCGAAGUCGCCCCUGCAAUCUGGUCGAACUAAUGCCCAGACUGCAGGAACACCUGGUAAAGAAAUAA